UUGGGUUGCAUGUUUUCUUCUACUUCGACCAGCCCCUGCCCCGACAUGACACUAGACCUUGGUCUCAUCGGGGAUGAUGGCCGAGCGGUCCAUCUCGAAGGUUGGCUGGUGUUACUCUACGGCGUGUUGUUGAUGUCUUGUUUCCUUUACUGCAGUAUGAACUGGGCCAAUCGACAGACCUCUCCCUCUGUGGUCGCAAGUUUUGCAACCCUCCAGCCUAUCGGGACCGGUGCACUGCAAUAUUUGGUAACUGGCAGGCAAGUCGUCACACUUCCACAGGUUGGCAUGUAUCUAUUCGUGAUCAUCGGUGUUGUACUCGUAUCGUAUGGGCGGCCACCAUGCGACGAGGAGCUUCUCAAGUCAAGCGGUAGCGAGAAGGAAGAAGUGAUUGCUUGCGAGCUCGAGAGUGGGACGUCGACUGAUGAUGAUGAUAAACUUGAAUGAGAGCUCAGCAUUUCGACACACUGUGCGAAUUACCACUGGCGUACCGGGCCGCUGUAAACGCCUCUGAUUGCUCCUACUCCGGGAGAAUCUCUAUUCUUUGAGUCCGUUAGGGAAUGGUGUUUUUGAUCCCUUCGGCUCUGGCCCACUCCAUCGUAGCCCACGAGAACCUCUUGCCUUCGAUCUCAACGUAUGGCUCACACACAAUCACCAUUGUCUUCCUGACAGACGGUGUAGACCUUAUCAUUUACCUGUUGUUGAAAACUAAGCGGCGGCUCAGACAAAACUCGAUCCCACCUCAUUGCUCAAUUGCUGCCCUCCUAAUCCACCUUAUUCAUG